GCACUAGGAGGAGGAGGAGGAGAAGAGGAAGGAGGAGUAAUAGACGUCACACCGUACAGGCUCGCUGUCUGUGGCUGCAACGCGGAAGGAGGAAAGCGACUCCCCGUCACUGAGGUGUAAUUUCGGCGUCACAAGGUGCAGCCUUCAGUGUAAUUCCAGUGGCGCCGUUAGACCCCUCACACAUUCAUGCCGAUACUGAUUUAUUUAAACCCAAAGAGGACACAUAUUCCCUCGCUUCUUCACUGACGAGCCUCGGUGGAGACUCUAGGAGUGCGCUGAAGAGUGCCUCGCAUCCUCAGCUUCUCGAUGGGUGAAUCAGGCUCACGCCGUUCUACGCUCGUUUCACGCCUGCCAAUCUUCCGCCGCAGCACCAGCAAGCGGCAGGAGUCUCUCCCCUCCUCCCCGUCCUCGGCUGGAGUGGGAAACGGCGUUCACACGUCCUCGCCCUCCAGCACCAACUCCAGUUCGGGCAGCACUGGCAAACGCCGGAGCCUGUUUCGCACGCCGUCUCUCGGUUUCACAGCUAAGAGGAACAGCGAUCCACGUGUUCAGCCCAUCAACCUGAACCUUACACCUCCUCUCACGCAGACCACUGAUGCAAACGGAAACAACCAGCAGACAAUAACUGGGUCGGCGUCAACAGGUCUCAGCGAGGGUGGCAGGCGUUCCAAGUCACGCCACUCAUUUGGGUUCGGGAGCCACAAGCAAAAGAAAAUCCCACGCUCGCAGACUGAGGACUUUGACAAGGCCUCCUCAUCCUCUUCCACAGCCAAUCGAAAUGUGUUUAUAAACUGCAUCAGCAGCUCUGGAGCCAAUGAAGGUGACGACUCGGGGUUCCUCGACGACUUCAGUGGGGCCAGUAAUAACAGCAAGCGCUCCUCGCGGCAGAAGAAGCAGCUACUGCCUAAAUCUCUGUCAGCUCACCACCGCUUCUCACGUACAUCUGAUCACCACAGACCUCCAGAAGUCAAUCUAGAACCUCCGAGCUCCACCACCGUCACUCCGGAACCCGGAGGGCUCACUCCUGGGUCAUGGCCUGGAGAACUGAUGGGAGGAGGGGGUGAGAGCUCGCUUCAGUCGCCGAUUAUCUCAGAAGAUCGCACAACAGCCAUCACUCCCUCAGAAUUCAUUCCCAUAACAGAGGACUCUGUGUCCGAGGGGGACGCACUUCCUGCUCCGAGUCCUGGAUCUGGUUUAAACUCAGGGCCCGUUUGUGUGUCUGAGUCGCCUGCUGAUGCUGCUCCACCUGACCCUCCUGCUGCACCUGAGAACCUCAGCGUGGCAGUCUCCACCUCUCAGGUUUUCUUCACCCCAGUCCAGUCCAUUGCUGAGAAACCCUUACUCCCUGACCCCAGCACAGCCAACAACACAGACUACGAUACGGCUGUUUCCCUUUCUGAGCCAGAGACAGCUGUACCCAGCCCACCUCUGCGGGAACAAUCACUGGAAGAGAGGAAGGAGAGGGAGGAGGAAAGACAGGAGGCAACGAAAGAAGAAUCAGCACUGGAGAGGAAAGAGUUGGUGCAGGAAAGAAAGGCAGGCUACCACACCGAGACCACAAGCGAGAGUGAGGUGUGUGGGCCGCGCAGCGAGGGCUGUCACUCAAACCCUGAAAAAACAGACAGGAGGGCGAGACACACACUCUCUCUCCAAGAAAGAGGAAGCUUCUGCGGCUGCCACGAACCCAGGUCCUCUCACCUAAGGAAACCACACGCAGCUUCUGUGUGCACCAGUGCCAGUCCUUACCACGAGGUGAUGCGGAUGGAAAGGCGACUGCGCUCCUCAUCUGAGGGGGCUGGUGGGCCUCGUGUCCAUGGAAACUACAGAGAUGCCCCAGGCACGGAGGGAAAUGGUCUGCUGAAACACAGAAACAACUCCUCAUCCUCUAAACUUGGAAGUCUGGAUGUGCUGAACAACUUGGGCUCCUCAGAACUGGAUGAAGAUGAUCUCAUGUUAGACUUGGACCUUUCAGAUGAUCAGCGACAUCGACAUGUGUCCAGAGAAGACUCGAGCCAGUCCCUAACAUCCUGCCUCAACCUGCUCCCUUCCCCAGUGGAGCCACCCGGAGAUCGCUUCGUAGGGAAGGAAAACAUUCCGAGGGAAGUCAGCCGACCAACCAGCCUGCUGCCAGCUGAAUGCAGCGUGGGGUCUGGUUUAGGGAAGGAAGAUGACCCUCUACCUAUAGGGCUGGAGAGCCUUCCGCUCAGACUGAUGCAGCAGGAAUGCACAGUGGUCAAAACCCUGCUUUUAAGACUGAGACGGACAUUACAGGAGAGCACAGAGACGAGUCCAGCCAGCAGUCUUCAGUCUCUACCCAUCAGUCCUUGCAGUGAGAAGUCUCUUCCAUUAAAGGAUCUCAACAGAGAGGAAGGCCUGCUGCAGCAGCUGAGAGAAAAAGAUGAGCUGAUUCUCAGACUCCAGAGUGAACUGGAGAGCGCCAGAGCAGCCCUGAAGAUGAAAGACUGCCAAAUGACUGAUCGCACAACGCAGACAGAACACACAGGGGCAGAGAUCAGCCUCCCAGGCCAGUGGUCAGGACUCGGCAGCAGCAACAUCAGCCUGGCCCCAAGAGAGCGAAGGGUGGCGCGGGAAGCAUCAGCGGCACAAGGAGGGGACCAAUAUAACCAACACCACCCUUUCCACUGUCGACCCGCUGCUGCUGCAGAGCGUCAUACUGCCAGGGAGGAGCGCCACCACCAGGGAGCUGAUAAAACCGCUGUUAAUCUGUCUUCUGGUUCCUCCAACUCGCCCUUGGCCCAGACCUCUCCCACCACACCAGCCCAACCCAGUGCAAGUCAUUUCCCAGGUUCUGGAUCAGAUUCAUUUCCUUUCUCUAAGCAGCCUGAAAGGGUGUCCUCCUCCUCUGAGUCCUUAACUCCAGGAGGAGGAGGAGGAAGUGGGCCGAGUCUGUCCGGAGGGGUAAAGAGAGGAGGCGGGGAUCACCAUUUGCCAAGCCUCAUCCCUCGUGCAGUUGGGGCCAGCACCUCUUCAGGCCUCCAUAGCCUUGCAAGCAGGGGGAGCUCCACACAGAACAUCUCGUCAUCAGACCAGGCCUUGCCGACACCUCCAUCAGCUGCCUCUUCUUCCUCCUCCUCCGCGUUCCCCGGCCGUUUAGGACAACCACCGCGCGGCCCUCUGUCUCUGCAUAGCUACAGUCGAAAAAAUGUCUUCCUCCAGCAUUCCCUGCACACGGCUGAACUGCAAGCCCUCACGCAGAGAGACAGUUGAGGAUGCCAAAAAAUCCAUCCAGCCAUAAGCAGCUAUAUCAUUGACUUAAGUUAUUAUAAGGGAGAACAUUUGGGAGAGAACACUGCUGCUUCUUCUGUUAUAGUUGCGCCAAACUCACCCAUCCCCCCCCCCCAAAAAAUAAAAAAUAAAGCCCCCCCUUCAUCACAUGCGCUUACAAUCACUUUGCAAUCCAGACCAGCCCCUGAUUCACUUGUUUAGAAAUUUGCUUGAUUUUACACACACACACACAAACACACACAAACACACACAAACACAAAACA